CAACACUCACCUCCACUAAUACACUAUCACAGGCCUCGACUGUCGCUGCUGCACACGCAAAACUACUUCAGUGUGACACUUUACUGGGAAUAUCCGCCAGAGCUCCGCGUCCGACAGCAGGUUUAAAGGGACGCUUUUUCUCCUCGCGUCGGGGAAGCAGAAGUUUACGAUGUUUUUGUACGAUGAGCUGGCUCAUUACGGCGGCAUGGACGGGGUCGGUAUGUACGGGGAUCCUCACGCGCCUCGGCCGCUCCCGCAGGUCCAUCAUCUGAAUCACGGACCGCCGCUCCACGCCAGCCAGCAUUACGGCACACAUGCCCCCCAUCCCAAUGUCAUGCCCACCAGCAUGGGCUCAGCUGUCAACGACGUGUUAAAGAGGGAUAAAGAUCAAAUUUACGGUCAUCCUCUGUUUCCUCUGCUGGCUCUGGUGUUUGAGAAGUGUGAGUUGGCCACAUGUACCCCCCGUGAGCCCGGGGUGGCGGGAGGAGAUGUGUGCUCCUCUGACUCCUUCAACGAGGACAUCGCUGUCUUCGCCAAACAGGUCCGUGCAGAAAAACCUUUAUUUUCUUCAAAUCCAGAGUUGGAUAAUUUGAUGAUUCAAGCCAUACAAGUAUUACGGUUUCAUCUUUUGGAGUUAGAAAAGGUGCACGAACUCUGCGACAAUUUCUGCCAUCGGUACAUCAGUUGUUUGAAAGGAAAAAUGCCCAUAGAUUUAGUGAUUGAUGAACGGGACGGCAGCUCAAAAUCAGACCACGAGGAGCUCUCGGGAUCUUCAACCAAUUUAGCCGAUCAUAAUCCAGCGUCCUGGAGAGAUCACGAUGACGCUACUUCCACACACUCGGCUGGAACACCGGGACCCUCCAGCGGAGGACACGCCUCACAGAGCGGAGACAACAGCAGCGAACAAGGAGAUGGUUUAGACAACAGUGUGGCUUCACCCGGUACGGGCGAUGAUGACGACCCAGACAAAGACAGAAAACGGCAGAAGAAACGUGGAAUCUUCCCGAAGGUCGCAACUAACAUCAUGCGGGCGUGGCUUUUCCAGCAUCUUACACAUCCGUAUCCUUCAGAAGAACAGAAGAAGCAGCUCGCUCAAGACACGGGUCUCACCAUCUUACAAGUCAACAACUGGUUCAUUAAUGCGAGAAGAAGAAUAGUACAGCCCAUGAUUGACCAAUCAAAUCGAGCAGGUUUUCUUCUUGAUCCUUCAGUGAGUCAGGGAGCGGCAUACAGUCCAGAGGGACAGCCAAUGGGCAGCUUCGUCCUGGAUGGACAGCAACACAUGGGAAUCCGACCGGCAGGUCCCAUGAGCGGUAUGGGCAUGAAUAUGGGCAUGGACGGCCAGUGGCACUACAUGUAAUCGCUGUACUGUAAAGAAAAGGGGGAAGUGAGCGAGACGUGCCGGGGUGUUUGUAACAAAGCGUGGUCCCACCACCACCUCUCCACCGACAGUCCAUUGUCUCUCGCAUUUCCCACCCAGAUCUCAACAUCACACUCCAACCUGUGCGGCCAUGCUAACGCACGGAGAACUCCCCCUCCUCGCGCAGAACUGACCCCGCUGACACCAGCGCUGCUGGACAUGCUCAAUGAUGCAAGGGAACUGACCAAUAACAUCAUGGAUGACAUUGACAAUAAGCCCAAGACAGAUUUUUUAAAAAGAAAAACGGUGCAGCAUCCGACAGCUGAAUCAGACGCUUCAAAUGGAUUUCCAGACGAGCUGUGAUCAUUUGUAAUCUUGUGAAUUUUGUUACUUUCAUUGCUGGAGGACCAAGAGCUGAGGAGAACACUUUGUAAAGUCUUGGGUUUUUGUUCAGAUCACCAGAAGACGUUUCAGCUUAUUAAACACACACACACACACACACACACAAA